AUGGACACGUCCGAUGAUGCCCCCAACACUGAGGGGCCACGCAAGAAGCGCGCAAUGGGUCUUGAUGAACCCCAAGACACUACGCUAAGCCCACCCCCCUGCCCCUCUGCUCAGGGACGGUCCAACCCGGAUCCAUGCACUGCGCUACCCCCACCAAGCAAACAAAUGGAUAACAGGUUCGACAUUGUCAGACUGAUUCGCAAAGCGAGACUUGACAAUGCAGCGAAGGUAGACGAGACAGAUGAACUCAGGGUGAAUUUGGAUUUCGUUUCCCUCGGCAUGAUAUCAGAAUCGCAACCUCAGAGCAACGCUCCCGAAAACACUGCCAAUAUUGCCCCUAAAAGGCCAGCAGGCCAGAAAAACCGGCAAUGCUGCAAGCAAGAGCGACUACGACGGUUCCGUUACCAGUUAGAUCACGAGAUUGUCAGCUUCUAUGACUGGGCCAAGCCACAGGAAAUUGAGAACAUUAAUCGGUACGGCGGCAUUGAAAUCCAUGGCUUUGGCUCUUUUGACUCUGGUAGCUAUCUGUCUACUGCCGAUAUUGACCUUGUGCUACUGUCAGACACGUUUAGACGCACAGUGGCGCGUUCCAUGGGCGAAAGAAAAGGACAUAUACACGCAAUUUCGGGCUUCCUAAAAAGCACCAAUAUCGCUGUUCCGAAUUCGAUUGAAUGCAUUGCACAUGCUCGGGUGCCGAUCCUAAAGUUCGUGGACAGGGUGACUGGGAUGCAUGUCUUUGCCGCUUUGGAUCAUUCCACAGGGUAUUAUGCGAUGAUCUCUCUCAAAGAACGGCUGGUGAUCCAUGGCCUUCCAUCUGAGCUGGUGUCCCCUCGUGACACAAGCAUGGGUGGGCCCGACCACAUAGUGUGCAAUCCGGAUCGAUCUGCUGAUCGCCAAUACGAACGCAAGACGUCGGAGUUGCAGACCAACCUAAACCCACUUCAAGUGAAUCCGGCUCCAUAUCAUGGAACUAACAAACGGCGAAAGGGUCUCGCAGUUUCAAAGGGAUGA